AUGUCGUGGCAUACCAGUGCCACCUUCUCCCCGGGCGAGCUGCACGAGGAGUACUACAUGCCACAAGUCGCGCCGCCGCUGAUGGCCCCCGAGCCGCAGAGGGUCGACCCGGGCAUGGCCUCGCACCUGGCAGACGGCAUCCAGAACAUGUCUCUCGAAGGCAGGUACUCCACCGCCUCGUUGACCCUGCCGUAUGAGCCGCCACAUCUGUCGCCCUUUCCCAAACUCGUCAAUCCACCACCCAACUGUCCGCCGUCGGAUGACGAGCUCGAAGCUCGUCUGGAGAAUGCGCGGCAGCCUGUCCUCAACUCCAAUGACCCGGAGAUGCAGCUCGCCUGGGCCCAGGACGCCCUGACCUACUGCGGUGUGUCUUCCGACGAGGCGGAGCGGUUGGCAGCUGCGAAACCGCAUCUGGCACGACCGGCCACUCCUCGAGUGGAGCACCAGCUCAAGCAGGACGCCAUGAAUAUCGUCACCUUCCUCGCAGAUCAGCACCAUCCGCGUGCGGAAUUUCUGCGAGGCAUGUGGCUGGAGUGGGGUCGGUUCGGUCAGCGCGAGGACAAGAAGGAGGCGUUCAGAUGCUAUUCUCGGGCAGCAGACAGAGGCUACGUGCGUGCUGAGUACCGCAUCGGUAUGCUAUACGAAUCCUACAACGAUCCGGCAAAGGCCCUGCGGCACUACCAUCGUGGUGUGGACGCGGGAGAUGCAGCAAGCUGCUAUCGACUCGGAAUGAUGACCCUGCGUGGACAGCACGGACAGCAGCAAGACUUCAGACGGGGCCUGGAGCUGAUCAAGCAAUCUGCGGCAGGCUGCGACGAAAACGCUGCGCAAGGUGCCUACGUCUAUGGCAUGCUGCUCGCGAAACAGCUCCCACAGGUGGAAGUCCCGGACAGCUUGCUGCAGUAUGACGAGCAGAUGGCGAGGGAGAACAUUCAGAAGGCCGCCUUUAUGAAAUUCGCAAAGGCGCAAGCCAAGAUGGGGUCCAUGUACGAGCUUGGGGCGUUGGGUUGUGAAUUCAACCCGGCACUGUCAAUGCACUACAAUGCCCUGGCGAGCAAGCAAGGCGAAGCAGAUGCAGACAUGGCGUUGAGCAAAUGGUUUCUCGUGGGAGCGGACAAGAUCUUUCCAAAAAAUGAGGAGCUGGCCUACAUCUAUGCUGAGAGGGCUGCACAGACCGGACUCCCCACUGCUGAAUUCGCCAUGGGAUACUUUCACGAGAUUGGCAUGUAUGUGCCGGUCAACCUCAGCAGCGCGCAGGACUGGUACGAGAAAGCUGCAAGGCAUGGGAAUGUCGACGCAAAGGGCAGGCURGACGGCUUGGCCAAGAAACAGGUGUUAUCCAGAACAGAUCACGAGAAUGUCGCCAUAACGAGGAUAAAGUCUCAGUAUGGCUCUCAGCGAGGUCAGAGACCAGAUCGACUACGACAGAAGCAGCAGCCAGGGCUGGUCAAUGUCGAUGAAGCGCCUGCAGGAGGAUAUAAUGCUGUGCAGCCUCCUCUCCGGGGAACGACACCAUAUCCCGAAGACGACGGACCACCUCGCGUCGCGCAUCUUGAGCAACGUUCGGCAUCAGUAGCCCCUUAUCCAAUGGAAGACCAUCCUCCGCGGAUAUCCGGUGGUCCCGCCGGUGGAUUCUUCAAUGUCCAGCCGCAGCCUCCUAGGCCCGCCACGACCGUGUACAAUGGAGGCAGCAUUAGCGGACCUGAUCGCCCGAGCUCUGCUUUCUCUUUCCAGACCCACACCGAUUCUCGAUCGCAAUCUGUCGCGCCCCAAGGUGCAAGACCAUUCCCUGCCAGUGGCCCGGGCAUGCGUCCGCAGACAAGUCAGCCUUAUGACCAACGACACGUCUCUGCUCCCGCCAAUGGCUUUGAUCAGCAACGUMCCUUGCACCCCAAUGAUCCUCGUGCUCAUCCGAACAUGGCUGGCCGUAUUGUCUCUGGACCUCCAGGGAAUGGAGGCGUUGGAAGAGGCAUGCAACAUGCUCCGCUCCGUCCAGCACCAGGACCCGGCUCGUUGGCCCAUACUUCCACCGCACCACCGUCCAGUCACGGCAAUGGUCUCGGAUUCAUUGCACCUGCGGAGGACCGUCCGCCUGUCGUUGACCCCACAUGGAAUGCAGAGAAGCCUUCCAGACGUGCCCGUGAUGGCCGUGGAAAUGUGAUUUCUGCACAGAAAUUCGAUGGGCAUUCCAGACCCAGCGAAGGGUCAGUAGUAUCGAGUGGAAGUAACACAAGCAGUGCUACGCAAGUGUCGAGCAUUACGUCGGCGGGUACCUCUACAGGAAGCAGACCUGGGAGCACAAAGCCGCCAGGCACGCCGGGCACGCCUGCAUUUCCCCCUCCAGCUGCUGGUAAGAAGCCUGGUCCUGGGAAGGGCCCAAAAACAUUUGAGGAGAUGGGCGUACCGGCGCACAAUCAGGAUAAGGAAUGCGUUAUUAUGUGA